AUGGAAAUUGACGAUAUUUUUUCUCAGAAAAAAACGCAACCCAAAGGAAGUGGUUCUGACGAGAAAGAACAAAACAAACAAGAGUCAAAACAUCCUGAGAAUGCUCGUCCUUCCAAGCCCAAAAAAGGUGGCAAGAAAGGAGACGAUUUGUUUUUAGAUCCCAAGGGAAGUUCAGGAAGAAAACGAACUGAAGAAGGGUUUUUGGUGUACGAUUUCGAUGAACUACAAGUGGGUAAAGGAGGAGACACACCACAAUGUCCUUUUGAUUGUGAAUGCUGUUAUUAA